AUGAGGUCGUUGUGUCUGGUGCGGGGUGUUUCGCAGGAAGCUGCUCGUGUGAUUGUGGAGGAGGAGGAUGCUGCUGAUGCUGAGGCUGAGGCUGUUGUCAUGAGGGAUGCGGAGGGAGGGAGGGGGGCAGGGCGUGUCCGCUGCUGUUUGGGGGAAGAGCACGCGAUCCUGGGGCUCGAGGGCGAGUGCGAGCACUGCGAUCUCCUCUCGAUCAAAGUGCUUUGUGCGCGGCUCGCCUUCUUUAGAAGCUCGUGGGGAUCGCGUGUCGAUCUGGCCGAGGCAUGUGAGACGGACCUGCCCCUUUCUCUCGCUCUCUCGCCGGAUCAUGAAGCCCUCGUGUCCGUUUCUCAAGCACGCUUUGGCGCUUCUUCUGAACGGGCCGAGGAGACUUCAUCUCUUGCUUCUGGGGAGGUGGAAAGUGCCACCUCAGAGCGCUCCUCUCGUGAUGAAAAAGCUUAUGAGGAGUUACUCGAGGUGGUUACUCGAACAGUCGAUCGAUUACAUCUAGACUGGCCGCAGGAGCAAGAGACCUCCAAACGCUCAAAGUUAGACGACAGAUAUCUGUCGGGUGGUCGGGGGGAGGGACCUCAGCGACGGUCUCUCCCCUUCUUCGGUGACCUCCAUGACGAGGUAACUCGUUCAUGGAACAGACCGUAUUCGUCCCGUGUUUUUGUGCCAUCGAAGUUGAUCUACUCGACUAUCAUUGAUGCAAAGGCACAGGGCUAUAUGAUGAUGCCCCAGAUUGAAGAGAUGCUCGCGGGCUAUCUCUCUCCUGGGAGCUCAUCAUCAUUAAAGAAAGCAACUCUCCCCACCAAGCCAUGCAGAGUAACAUCUUCACUGGUGGGGAAAGCUAUUCAAGCAGCGGGUCAGGCUGGUGCUGCUUUGCACACUAUGGCAGUUUUGCAAGCAUACCAGGCUGACCUGCUGAAAGAUUUGAGCACAGGCGGGUCAAUUGAUGAAGAGGCGUUUUUAGAAAUUCGACGGGCCACAGAUUUGUCUCUCUGUGCGACCAAGCAGACGGCCCGUGCCAUCGGCCAUUCUAUGGCUGCCAUGGUUUUACAUGGACAUCUGUGGCUCAACCUCACGGGCAUCAAGAAUAAAGACCGUGCUUUCCUCCUUGAUGCCCCCAUCUCACCUUUCGGCCUAUUUGGCGACGCCGUCAACACCGUCGCCACUAGGUUUCGGGAGGCAAAACGCUAUGAGGAGGCAUUUCACAAAAAGAGAGCUGCAUGGAAGCUACUGCCAAAUAUCUCCCCCUGGGUUCAAAGGACCGUUGAGAGAGGCUACAGGAUUCAGUUUGUGUAUCAUCCUCCGCAUUUCAACGGCGUGGUCUCCACUUCCGUGAAACCGGAACGAGCGCAUUUGUUGACACAGGAAUUGCAAACUCUGCUGGACAAAGGGGCCAUAGAAUGUGUUCCCCUGCCAGACAGACAGUCAGGCUAUUACAGCCGGUAUUUUCUCGUUCCCAAGAAGGAUGGGUGGUUGCGUCCGAUUUUAGAUCUUCGCGGGUUGAACCGCUACCUCAGAACAUACAAGUUCAAAAUGCUGACAAUCAAGAUGAUUGUUUCUCACAUCCAAUCUGAGGAUUGGUUUGUGACAAUCGAUCUAAAGGACGCUUAUUUUCAAAUAGAAAUAUUGCCACAACACAGGAAGUUCCUGAGGUUCGCUUUCGGGGGCGAAGCUUACCAGUAUCGGGUUCUUCCGUUCGGCCUAGCCUUGUCACCCCGCACAUACACCAAAUGCAUGGAUGCAGCUCUGGCUCCUCUACGACUCCAGGGCAUCCAUUUUAACUACAUAGACGAUUGGCUGAUUCUGGCUCAGUCUCAGGAGCUAGCGCUUCAACAUCGGGGUGUCGUCCUAGCUCAUCUUGAAUCUCUGGGGUUGAGACUCAACGCCAAGAAAAGCGUUCUCUCUCCUGCUCAGAGGACAACGUAUUUGGGGGUCGUAUGGGAUUCGAUCGCAAUGCGGGCACAGCUGUCUCCUGCACGCGUCGAAUCCAUUCUAAACACCCUAAAGAACAUCAAGCUAGGCCAGAAAGUCACGGUUCACCACUUUCAGAGAGUGCUAGGUCUCAUGGCACCUGCAUCCAUGGUGAUACCUUUGGGCCUCCUGCACAUGAGAUCGUUUCAGUUGUGGCUCAGAGCCAGGGGAUUUCAUCCAAGGGCCAAUCCCCAGAGGCAAAUAAGGGUUACGUGCCGGGGGCUUCGUACCCUAUCUAUGUGGCUCAGACCCCGGUUUCUGACUUUGGGUCCCACUCUAGGUCCGUGUUGUCGUCGCAAGAUGCUAACGACAGACGCAUCCCUCAUGGGUUGGGGAGCGGUCUUAGAUGGCCGUCCAGCCCAAGGGAUCUGGAGAGGUCAUCUUCUCGAAUGGCACAUCAAUUGCCUCGAAAUGAAGGCUGUAUUUCUGGCCCUGAAAUACUUCCUCCAGCAGUUAAGAGGCUACCAUGUCCUAGUGCGGGUGGACUACACGGCGGUAGUCUCUUACAUAAAUCGUCAGGGCGGACUGCAGUCGCGCCACUUGAACGAGCUAGCGCAGCAGAUUCUACUUUGGGCACAGAAGAAGUUCCUGUCCCUCAGGGUGAUUUACAUUCCCGGGCAUAUGAAUGUGGGAGCAGACUUGCUGUCCAGACAAGCUGUGAUACACGGGGAAUGGAAACUCCACCCCGAAGCAGUCAGUCAAAUCUGGGAAAGAUUUUACGAAGCAGAGGUGGACCUCUUUGCUUCACAGGAGACAGCACAAUGUCCCCUCUACUUCUCUCUGACUCAUCCAGCUCCCCUGGGUCUGGACGCGAUGGCCCAUGUGUGGCCCAGACUGCGUCUUUAUGCAUUUCCUCCGAUUGCUCUGCUCCCGGGAGUCCUGGCCAAGGUCCGUCAACAGGGGUCUCACCUCUUACUGAUAGCGCCCCGUUGGCCGACCAGAAUAUGGUUCUCAGAUCUAAUAUCUCUCCUCGACAGCUCGCCGUGGGCGAUUCCGGUGAGGAGGGACCUUCCCUCUCAGGCACAGGGGACAAUAUUUCAUCACCGGCCCGAGCUCUGGAACCUUCACGUCUGGCCCCUGAGGGGGACCAACUAA